GUCGGCACAUGAUGCGUAUUAUCAUCCCUCGUCGGCUAAAGUUGGUACUGCCAACAAACAGUUGAUCCGCGAGCCAGUGUGUCAGUCCUCUGCCAUGAACAUAACAACACAAGUACGAAGCCGGUGUGCCUUCUGCGGGCUGGUACUGCUCACAUUGGUAGCUGUGUGCGUAGUCAGGACGGAAGCCUAUGCUGUUAGGAGGAGUACAAACCGCGCGUCCCAGACCAUUUGUGGAGCAAACGCAGCAUGUGGCUGGCAUCUCUACCAGCCUUUCGACAGACAGUUUGUCGAGUAUUUUCCAAGCCCAUGCACCUGCCCGGAAGGCACCGACUGCAUAGCCGACCGGGACGAUGUCUCCAUCUCCUGCUGGGUGUACAGUUGUAAAAGACCGGCAGAGGCGGAGACGAAAUGACGAAUUUCGCCCCGGAUUCAGGGCUGAAACAAAGCACAACCGGGGUGGAACGCCGAGUGUUGCUGGUUCUUCUUCCUGCAGCCAGAGCGUCACUCGACGCCUGCGACACCUGGCAGCGACCACACACGCCAGUCUUAACUUAUGGUGAAACAUUCCACACACAACAACAACCUCUCUCUGGAGAUUCUCAAGCACAUCAUCCAUGUAUUAUUUAUUAUCGCAACAGGGGAAGAAGUCAUGUAUAACUUAAUUAUUAUUAUUAUUAUUAUUAUUAUUAUUUAGAUUUUAUUUCGCGGUGUUACGUUGACCAAGAUGACACCUACCAGCAGUGGCCCGAGUGUGUAAAUAAAAUACGAUGUCACUGCAUUGAAUGCGUUA